GGGGCAGAGCGGCAUCCGGUGCGGCGGCGGUCGGUCGGUCGGUCGGUCGGUGGGCGCGGAGCGGCCAUGACGGCGCACAGCUUUGCGCUGCCGCUUGUUCUCUUCUCCGCCUUCUGGGGCCUCGUGGGCAUCGCCGCCCCCUGGUUCGUGCCCAAGGGGCCGAACCGCGGGGUGAUCAUCACGAUGCUGGUCACCACCGCCGUGUGCUGCUACCUAUUCUGGCUGAUUGCGAUCCUGGCCCAGGCCAACCCCCUUUUCGGGCCGCAGCUGAAGAACGAGACCAUCUGGUACGUGCGCUUCCUCUGGGAGUGAGCAGUCCCCAGGAGCCGGUGCCUGAACAGAGACCCCCCUACCCGAAUCAUCACUCUCUUGCUGCUGUUUCAGCCUCCUGUACCAGGCACCCCCCC